GAAGCAGGAAGGACAUGUGAGAUAGUCACAGAUCUGCAGUGAACGGGGCCACAUCUCUCCAGUCAGUGUGGGAUGACUGAAGCAGAGAAACAGCUUAUUUCUCUGAGAGACACACAGCGCAGCCGGGCUCUGCCUUCACAGCACCGCUCCUACUGAGGGACUCGGUGGAGGAGCCAAAGAAACAGCAACUCUGGGGCUAUUUUCUCCAACCUGAUAACGCGCUGUGUGUUUGACAAAGCGCUGUUCUGUUCUGCACCGCUUUAGAGAAAUUAACUGCUCGCGGAGCGCGGACCUACUCUGGCUCCAGGUUAGGGGGAAUUACCACUAAAACAUCCAUUAUUUCACUUCGGUUUUUGUGAAUGCACCGAUGAGAGAUCCAGUUUUCACAGGGACUGCAAUGGCUUAUCACCCUUUCCACGCACACCGGCCGACCGACUUCCCCAUGUCCGCCUUUCUAGCGGCCGCGCAGCCUUCCUUCUUCCCGGCGCUCAGCCUGCCUCCUGGGGCGCUCACCAAGCCCCUUACGGACCACGGCCUGGCCGGGGCGGCUGAGGCUGGGCUCCAUCCGGCGCUAAGCCACCAUCAGGCGGCUCAUCUCCGCAGCAUGAAGAGCUUGGAGCCCGAGGAAGAAGUGGACGACGACCCGAAAGUUACACUGGAAGCCAAGGAUCUUUGGGACCAAUUUCAUAAACUCGGGACGGAGAUGGUUAUUACCAAGUCCGGACGGAGGAUGUUCCCUCCGUUCAAAGUGCGAAUAAACGGACUCGAUAAAAAGGCCAAAUACAUCCUGCUGAUGGACAUCGUGGCGGCGGACGACUGCCGCUACAAGUUCCACAACUCCCGCUGGAUGGUGGCGGGCAAGGCCGACCCGGAGAUGCCCAAAAGGAUGUAUAUCCACCCGGACAGCCCGGCCACCGGCGAGCAGUGGAUGGCGAAGCCCGUUGCUUUCCAUAAACUCAAGCUGACCAACAACAUUUCAGACAAACACGGAUUUACCAUCCUGAACUCCAUGCACAAGUACCAGCCCCGGUUCCACAUAGUGCGGGCCAACGACAUCCUGAAGCUCCCCUACAGCACCUUCAGGACCUACGUCUUCCCGGAGACCGAGUUCGUGGCAGUGACAGCAUAUCAGAACGACAAGAUAACGCAGCUGAAGAUUGACAACAACCCUUUUGCCAAAGGCUUCAGAGACACGGGGAACGGGAGGAGAGAGAAAAGGAAGCAACUAACCAUGCCGUCGCUGCGGAUGUAUGAGGACUCUUGCAAGGCGGAUCGGGAAGGCGCAGACUCGGACGCCUCAUCCAGUGAGCCUCCGAGCGGCAGGGAUGCAGUCCACUCCCCGCUGGGAACCGAGACCAGCCCGCUGAGGUUCAGCAGGCCCAGUCGAGAUGAGAAAACGUGCACUGACAGCGAGCAGGAGCUGGAGCAUCACGACGAGCGCUGCACUGGCUCCAACAGCCCGGGACCUGAACCUGUGUCCCCCUACAGCUCCAGGUGUGAGGAGCGCAUAAGGGAUAGGCCCAGCACAGAAAAGAAGGAUGACUCCUUACUCGCUAUAAGGAACCUUGAGAAGGACAAAGCAGAGAGCAGGCACAGGAAGGACACCACGGACGUGUUGACAAAGGACUUGGAGGCCGGAGGCAUUAGUGCCACUAAGGAGUCCUUCUCCCCUCUCAUGGUUCAGACCGAGAGCCCCUCGCACUUCAGCCAAGGCCACUUACAAAGUCUGGCUCUGUCUGGCCUGCACAGUCAGCAGUUCUUUAACCCUCUGGGCGCCGGAUCACCACUGUUGUUUCACCCCGGGCAGUUUGCCAUGGCCCCUGGAGCCUUUUCUGCAAUGAGCAUGGGUCAUCUAUUGGCCUCUGUAUCUGGAGCAAGUGGUUUGGAAAACGGCAGCCUCUCCACCCAGGGCACGGGCGGAAGCCCCAACCCCUUCCCCUUCCAUCUAUCUCAGCACAUGCUCGCCUCUCAGGGCAUCCCCAUGCCUCCGUUUGGUGGUCUGUUCCCAUAUCCCUACACCUACAUGGCGGCUGCUGCUGCGGCGGCCUCGGCCUCGGCCUCGGCUCUCCCAGCCACCAGCACCUCCAGCCCACUCUCCAGGAACCCCUUCCUGAGCACGUCACGUCCCCGGCUUCGAUUCAACCCCUACCAGCUCCCAGUCUCGCUGCCUCAGAGCCUGCUCACCACUGGCCUGCAGGGCAGCCUGAACCCAGGCUCUGAAUCCUCCAAACCGGGCAGCAGGGAGACCAGCCCAGCCCCGGAACACCACAGCAAUCAUAAGACAGGAGGGUCAAGUGGGAGGGCUGCAUCCCCCAAAACCCCUAUGAAGGACUCAGUGAAUGAGCUGCAAAGCAUCCAGAGGCUGGUGAGCGGCCUGGAGAGCCAGCGGGAGCCCUCCCCGAGUGCAGACUCUCCCAAGUGAUGAAAACUCUCUGUUUGGGAUGAAGACUUGGCUUGAAUACAGGAGGACAGUGCAUUUGUCCUGUACAGCACAUUAGGGAGACUGGGAUGAGGUUUGACCGAUAUGGGUCCAGUGAAGGCCGAUAACUGGUAUUUUUUGGAACAAAGCAACAGAUAGACAAAAGUGUUGCCCAUAUAAUUCAAUUUAAUCUUUUUAAUUCCACAAGUAUAAAGGCUCUCCGCCAGAGCUUCUGUUAGAAAGGGUGAAAAGCCUGUCAGACACACACUUUCCCCUGAAUCCCAGUGUUUCAGGUUAGCAGCCCUUGAAGGAAUCUCACCCCUACAGAAACUCUGGGGCAUAUUCCUACAUUAAAAUUAAUAUUAUACUAAACAAUUAAAUAUAUAUUUAUGCUAGACAAUGAAUUACUAAAACAACAAUACAAAUAAAAUAAAAGUCAAAGACUUAACAAUCCCACAACAAAAAUGUAAGCUAUGAUAUAAUGGACGUUAUCAUGUCCAUUAUAUCAGAGGGUCGCUAUCGGCCCCAUCUAUCGGUCUAACCUGCCUGAGAGCCUGCAGCUCCGCAGACUGAGCGGCGCACAGUGGAGAGCGGCGUGUUGAGUUUGGUUAACUUGAAGCAGUUGAGCGUUCAGGCCUGGUUUCGACAGGCAGGUCUCAAGCUGCAUCCGAAAACUUUUUUUUCUUCCAGGCUUGAUUAUUUCAAAAGGCGUGGAAGGUGAACGCUCUGCGAGAGGAAGAAAGAAACGCUUAUCAUUUCAUGCCAGAAAAAAAAUAUUUAUGUAAUUAAAGAUAAAAACAAAUUCUGUAAAUAAAGCUAAGAUCCAAGAAUAUGCAUUCGUAUUAAUUUAUUCAAGGCUGUAUAUUAGCGUGUAUAUAUUUCGAAUUUUACUUGUUUCUUUUUUUUCUCCUUCUCCUUUCCCCAUUUUACAUGAACGUAUACUGUAAAUGGAAGCUAUUUAGCGCUUGUUGGUUUGAAAAACUGUUUAUGCAGCAUCGCUGAUAUUUAGGUGACGUGUGUGCCAUGUUUUAGUCUGCAUCCAACGACAGAGACAGAGGAACAGAGAAGAGCUCCACAUGGAAUUUAAAAACACCUCAGGUUAUUUCACUCCAGCCAGGAGACAUUCAAAGCAAUUCCUCCUACGGGCGCUUCAUUCAUAUCUAUUCAAAAAUAUAUUUAAAGAAGAAAGUAUCUUGUUUAUGCUGGUUGUCCGUUUGUUUUUGUUUUUUUGAAUGUCUCACAAUUUCAAUAAAAAAAAUCGUUGUGCUGAAA